UUCCAGAACAUUAUACUUCUGCGUCUACUGGCUGCAAGUCGUUAGGAAGCCCCCAUUCGCCUCACUUGUCUCUGUUUCUAUCUUUUGACUUGAUCGCAUGAGGGAUUAUUCUACAAGUGCAUGAGCACCAUGCACGAUUGACACCUGGGGUGUUACUAGUUGUUGCUAGAGCAGAGAUGAUGGGGGGCUGUGCGGCUGUAUUUCCCCGUCCCAGCGAGAGAGCGCGUAUCCAUUCCCCGGACUGGAAGACUGACAGUGGCUGCUUCUUGGCAGACACGUUGGCAUUGUUGCUGCCCGUCUCAUUGGAUCGUUGCGAAUCGUCGUAUUCCAAGAUUUCCAACUUUUCCUGUUUCUUACGCAAAGUUACGGGCUUUCCAACGUUACAAGGCUGGAGAAUCGUUGGCUUAGCGUGCGGAUCAUUUGCGAGGGGCUCGGAAAAGCCUUGCCGAUUUGAAUUGAUUCCAUUCAGCCCAAAAGGACGGUCAGAAGGGACUACAAUAAGACACAUACCAGUCAGAAACACGGGAGAAAGAAGCGAGCGAAGAUCAGAGUUGCUCGGGCAAGAUGAAGACUCGUCUGGAUGCUCGUGCCGUCCCUUUUCCUUCCCCUGGGCUCGAGGCUUUCCCACAUGACGACGCAUCGUACUUUGUGCUUUCUUCCUCGCGCUCCAGAUGUCGGAGUCGGUCGGCUCCCGACGAUCUAUCUAUCUUACCUCCGAACAAAUCAGCGAAUCAGGCUGGGAAUUGCACUCCAUAAGGCGGAAUGCUG